AUGACUGGUUGGCAGAGUAGUGAACGGAGGUGGAGGCUAUUGGUGCGACGUCAGGGUGCCAAUGGAGGUGGCUGGAAGUUGCCGUCGCUGCCACUUCUGCCUUCUUAUCGGAGCUGGGCCAAUAGGCCUGGUAGUAUGAGCUACAAUCAGCAUGCGCAGAGGAGAGGCUUGGGCCACAUUGCGCUCGGUCUAGAGUGGGCUGGUGGUGUUGACGGGCCUAGGAUGUCGAGUGCAGUGGGCCUAUCGCUGGCUGGUUCCCGUGGGAUGGUAGUCGAUCACCAAGCUCUCAAGUGCCUUUGUAUUUGUGGGGAGGCUCCAAAGUGCACAAGAAGAGGUUCGUGGCUAAUGUGCACCGUGUUACGUCUAAAAACUCAAUUCCAGAAGUGGUGGGCCACAUAUGCUUCUGCCAUUCCUGAUGAUGUGCAUGUCAAACUGGUGGAGUCUUCCACUGACAAUGCGCCUUAUGUAGAUGCGAAUGACCCAGGUGCCAGAAUCAUCACCUUUGGCCCUUUUUAUUUCUCCUUGGGCUUCACGUUCCCACUGUCGAAGUUCUUUAGGGAGGUGUUCUGUGCUAUGGAGUGUGGUCCAAGUCAGUGUACUCCGAACGUCUACCGGGUGAUCAUGUGUUUUGGACCUGAUGGUGUGAGAGUUCUUCUACUUCUUUGA